AUGGCCCCGUUCAACCCUCAUCCGGGAUCCUCGCCCGAGGCGAUCGCCAACGAGCCAAAUUGGACCAGUCGGCACAACCACCGCAUUGGAUUUCGGAACCGCGACGGCCGAAUACCAGGGCUCAGCGACAGCUAUGGCGACUAUGUGCAGGAAAUCGAGAGGUCCAGGGAAGACCUGGCUGCCCUAGAGCGUGAGAAAAAGGAGGGCCAGCUGGUCGAUUUUCGGGAGGUCAUCCAGCGCCAGGAGGAUUUUCACCUACGCCACCCAGAGUAUCGCUCGCUCGGCUGGCGCUAUGUGCUUAAUACUACAGAGGACUGGAUGAAGCAGCAGCAGAAGUGGCCGGCGAAUGCAAGCAAGCGACAGACAAACGAGGGAACGCAAUCGCGAGGAACGAACGAAAGCGGCACAACGCAGGCAGACGAGCAAACGACCAAGGACGACAGCCAAGACCAAGACAGCGGCCAUGCGGACAAAGACACGUACAGCCCAAAAGAGCAAGCCUUCUUGGAAACCCUCCUGCGAGAGAAACAGUACAUGUCGACGCUCCAGGUCAACGACGGCCGUCGAGCGGCACCGCGCCUUGCGAAUAGGACGACGAUUUCCAUUGACGAGCAGGACCAGUUCACGCCCGACAACUGGCUGCCCCGCUCAUCCGACCUCAUCCGCCUGACCGGCAAACAUCCCCUGAACGCGGAGCCGCAUCUGUCGCACCUCUUCGACGCCGGGCUCAUCACGCCGAAUGAACUCCAUUAUGUGCGCAACCACGGCGCCGUGCCGAGGCUCCUGUGGGAGUUCCACCGGCUGGACAUUGCGUGCGGCGCGAAAACCGUGUCGCUCUCCAUGGACGAGCUCAAGGACAGCUACGACACCAUCAACAUUCCUGUCCUCCUGGCGUGUGACGGCAACCGCCGCAAGGAGCUGAACCAGAUCCGCAAGAGCAAAGGCUUCAACUGGGGCGCGGGGGCCGCCAGCUGCGCGUACUGGAAGGGCCCGCUGCUGCGCGACGUCUUGCUGUCGUCGGGCGUCCUGGAGGCGCUGCCGACCGAAGACGACGGCCAGACCCGGCACUGGGUCAACUUUGCCGGGGCGGACACGCCCAGCGCGGGCCGCUACGAAACGUGCAUCCCGCUCGCCUACGCCAUGGACCCGACGAACGACGUCCUGCUGGCCUACCAGAUGAACGACCUCUUUUUGCCGCCGGACCACGGCUACCCCGUCCGCCUGAUCAUACCGGGCUACGUCGGCGGCCGCUGUGUGAAGUGGCUGUCCAAGGUGUGGAUCACGGCGACAGAGAACCGCUCGCACUACCACAUCUGGGACAACCGUGUGCUCCCCGGCUUCGUCACGGACAUGGACGGCGCGUUCGCCAAGGCCAUGUUCCACCAUCCCGACACGCUCUGCAACGAGCAGAGCCUCAAUUCGGUGAUUGUCAAGCCCGCGCACGGGGAAACGGUGCCGCUGGCCGAGGCGCGCAAAGGCCGCACUUACCGCGUCGCAGGGUAUGCGUACGGCGGCGGCGGGCACGCGGUCCAGCGGGUGGAAGUCUCCCUGGAUGGCGGCAGCACGUGGCUGUAUUGCGUGCGCACGCUGCCCGACUACCCGAUCCGGCACGGCCACAAGUUUUGGACCUGGCUGCACUGGCACGUCGACGUCGACGUGGUGCAGCUCGUGGGCGCGCAGAGCAUCACGGUCCGCUGCUUCGACGUCUUCAAGAACACGCAGCCGGAGAAGCCCAACUGGAACAUUAUGGGCAUGAUGAACAACUGCCACUACGUCGUCCAGGCGGAGCCGGUGGAACGCCCCGACUCGGACAUGCUGGCUGUGCUGUUCAGGCACCCCGUCGAGCCAGGAACGGGCGACGGCGGCUGGAUGCAGCCCAGCGCGGAGAACCAGAUUGCCGCGGCGCAGCAGGCGUCGGCGGUGCCGGAGAAGCAGUUCACGCGCGACGAGAUCGAGAAGCACGGCCAAGAGGACGACUGCUGGCUCGUCGUCGAUGGCCGGGUGUACGACGCGACGAGUGUGCUGCGCUGGCAUCCCGGCGGCAAAGCGGCCAUCCUGGCACAUGCUGGCAAGGUCCACCAGCAAACGACGGACGAGUUUGCGAGCAUCCACGACGACUACGCCUAUGCGAAGCUGAAUGAAUGCGCUCUAGGGUCGGUGACGGACAAGGCACGGCAGUUUAUCCAGCAGACUGCGGAGGCUGCCGCCAAGGAACAGGCGACGGCCGACGAGGGCAGACCCAGCGGGCUGGCCAUACAAAAACACCGAUGGGUGCCCGUCCGGCUGGUCGACCGCCGCGACAUUUCGCACGACACGCGCAAGUAUACGUUCCAGCUGCCGGACGGCAAGGACACCCUGGGACUCGGCACCUGCCAACACAUCCUGAUCGGCUUCCACAUGCAAGACCGCAUGCUCGUCCGGAGCUACACCCCGACGCGGCCCUUGCUGCCCGCGCUGCCAAGCGGCCAGGCCAAUACCACGGCGAAACGCCAAGCGAACGACGACGACGACGACGACGACGACGACGACGACACAGAGUCCGUGCGGGAUGGCCACGGCACGUUCGAGCUGACGGUGAAGACGUACUUUCCGGACGUGUCGCAGCCGGGCGGUGCCAUGUCCAACAUUCUUGAUUGCGUCCCACUGGGCGAGGAGGUGGAGAUGCGCGGACCGACCGGCGAGAUCACGUACGACGGCCACGGAGCCUUUACCAUCGAGGGCCGCGCGCGGCGCUUUGCCCGCGUGUCGCUCGUGCUGGGCGGCUCGGGCGUGACGCCGGGGUUUGCCCUGAUCGCACGCAUCCUGCUCACGAGCGGCGACGAGACGCAGCUGCGCGUCAUCGACGCCAACAAGGCAGAGGGUGACAUCCUGCUUCGAGACGAGCUCGAUGCCCUGGCCAAGAACGCAGCGAGCCGGGACCAGCAACAGAUGAAGAUUACGCACAUUCUGAGCCACGCCGACAAAGCGUGGCAGGGGCGGCGCGGCCACGUCGACGCCGGUCUGAUCCGGGAGACCUUGUUUGCGCCGGCCGAGGACAGCGUCGUGUUCUUGUGCGGACCACCCGCCAUGAUUCAGAAUGCGGUGCUGCCAGUCCUGAGAGAUUGGGGUUAUACGGAAGACGAAAACAUGUAUGGUUUUUAA